AUGUUCCGCUGGUACCAAGCAAAACUAAAUCAGCGACCUGUUCUCACACAGGUCAUCACGACCGCUUUCCUGUUCGGCGCCGGCGACAUCACUGCCCAACAAGCCGUCGACCGUCGGGGAGUUGCAGAUCAUGACUUCCCACGUACUCUUAGGAUGACAGCCUGGGGUGGGUGCUUCUUUGGACCAGUGGCAGUACAGUGGUAUAAACUCUUGGGCAGGAUCAGCUUCCCGGGCCACCCGAAUAGAGAACUCCUCGCGAGAGUGGCAGCAGACCAAAUUAUAUUUACACCAGUCAAUCUACUAUGCUUUUUCACAGGAAUGACGGUAUUAGAAGGUGGCAAUCCGAAAGAAAAACUAGAAAGAAGUUACUUGACGACAUUAAGAAACAAUUGGAUGUUAUGGCCAACUGUUCAACUGGUCAACUUCAAGUUCGUCCCUCUCGAACAUAGGCUGCUGGUUGUAAAUGUUAUUAGUUUAGGCUGGAACUCAUACCUGAGUUAUGCCAAUACACGAAAAUUAUAG